AUGAGGAUCACUUCGAUUGUCAAAUCUCACAAGCACUUUGGUAACCUCGGAAAGGUAAGGGAAGCGAAAAACUUUUAUUCUUGAUGUGUAGAUUUACGGGCAGUACAAAUGGUCGAUCGCCCCCAAUGAGCAAGACGCAUGGAAAGGUUUCUUCAAAGCCGCUGUCGUUAAUGUAGGUAUUUAUUUUUUUGUUAAGGUUUAGGUAUCGUGCUUAAACUACCUUUUAAGUUCCAAAGUAUUAAAAUAAGAGUUGGAACGGUGAUCCAACUUUGUGCUGGACAGCACCGAUCAUUUUUUUGCUUUUGAACAGGCGAUUUUAAUGUUUUAUGUUGUUUUAAAUUACAGGUAUUCGACGAGUAUGUAGUCCGUUCUUGGUACUACAUUGUCCCACCGGCCGUUGGAACAUACCUUCUCUACGAUUGGGCCAAGAAGGAGAACGCUCGCGUCAACAAGAAAAACCCGGCCGAUUACGCCAACGACGUCUAG